GAAAGAUAAAAUAAGAAAAAAUCUUCGAGGGAACAUUUCCAGAAACCCUAACUUCAACGGGAACCCAAAAAUCAGAAUCUCCAGAUCGAGAGAGAGAGAGAGAGAGCAAAAGCAAAAAAAAAAAUCACAUCCGAAUUCAAUUCUAUUUUAAGAUUCUGGGUUCGUUUUGGAAUGUAGUGUGAAUAAAACUAGGGUUGUAAAUUUCUCUUUCUCAAGGCGUCAAAUUAAGUAAUGUCAAGUGACCAAAGAGAAGGUUCGCAGGAGACGACGACAACUACGACGACGGUGGAAGGUAACGGAACAAUUGGAGGUAAUAAUAAUAAUUCACAUCCUUCGACAAUGGUGAGAGCUACAUCUACGGUGGUUUCUUGCCAGAGACUGAGGCUUAACCCUAACAACGAGCAUAGACCGGAUAGUUACGAAGAUCUGCAGCUUGAUUUCCCAAACUCGAUUUACUCUAGUCUUGAGAAGUACUUGCCUCCUAAUAUGCUUGUCUCCAAUCGCGAUGAGAAAGUUAAAUUCAUGACUGACAUUAUGCUUAGGCAUCUUCCUCAUGGAGAGCGUUCCAGAGCUCAAAGGCACAGGGAGUAUAGGCAGAAGAUAAUAUCAAAUUAUCAGCCACUUCACAAGGAGUUGUAUACUCUAGUUCCCACAGUCUGCUUUGUUCCCAGUUUCUUAACGGCGAUUAAUGAUAACACAGAGGAAAGCUUCAGAAACAUUAUAUCUGAACCAUCUCCUGGUGUAUUUGUCUUUGAUAUGCUCCAGCCUAGCUUUUGCGAGUUGAUGCUAUCCGAGAUAGACAAUUUUGAAAGGUGGGUAGGUGAGACCAAAUUCCGGAUAAUGAGACCAAACACCAUGAAUAAAUAUGGUGCUGUGCUUGACGACUUUGGUCUUGAUACCAUGCUUGACAAACUCAUGGAGGGUUUUAUUCGUCCCAUUUCCAAAGUAUUCUUCAAUGAUGUGGGUGGAGCGACUCUGGAUUCUCACCAUGGUUUUGUUGUUGAAUAUGGUAAAGAUAGGGAUGUUGAUUUAGGCUUUCAUGUGGAUGAUUCAGAAGUAACGCUGAAUGUUUGUUUGGGUAAAGAAUUUGUGGGAGGAGAGCUAUUUUUCCGAGGCACGCGGUGUGAAAAACAUGUGAACACAGCAACAAAGACAGAUGAAAUAUAUGAUUAUCAUCAUAUGCCAGGACAAGCUGUACUCCACCGUGGGCGCCACCGCCAUGGUGCCAGAGCCACAACAUCCGGGCAUCGGGUCAAUAUGCUUCUAUGGUGCAGAAGCUCUGUGUUUAGAGAGCUCAAAACUCAUCAGAAGGAAUUCUCCAGCUGGUGUGGAGAGUGCUUUUGUGAAAAGAGAGAGGAGAAAGUGCGGUCGAUUGAUGCUCUAAGAAAGAAAUUGUUUAAAGCAGCACGUCAAACCCAAGCUUGAUGAACACUAAUAAGAUAAGUAAUAACCUAUAUUGGAUGACUUUAGAAUCCGAGAUCAAGCCUUGAAGAACUGCUCCUGUUUUAAGCUGACUUAAAACUGAGCCAAUGUAGAAAUCAUUUGAAGUAUAUGGGUCUCUGUUUAUCGUUUCUCGACUCUUUGAUAAUUAUGUACAUGAAAUCUAGUCUCAAACUUCACCUGUACCACAAGGAGUUAUAUUUUUAUCCGAUUUUUUGUUGUCUUUUUAGUUUAAGAAAGAAUUGGUGUUAUCUAACUGAA